UGGAUUCCGGGGCUCAGAGUCUCACCACAGCGUUGAUUGCCCGAAGGUCACUCUGGACAAUGGACUUGAAGAGACUGGAAGCUUCUGUGGGUUUUCUCCAUGCCAGAGGCUUCCUCAAUACCUCGCGGUUGUGGAAUCCAAAGACCUCUUUUUUUCUUUCUCCGUAUUGCUUGAUGGGAGACAUUAUGGCCCCCAAAGACAUAAUGACAAAUACUCAUGCUAAAUCCAUCCUCAACUCAAUGAACUCACUCAGGAAGAGCAAUACCCUCUGUGAUGUGACAUUGAGGGUAGAGCAGAAGGACUUCCCUGCUCAUCGGAUUGUGCUGGCCGCCUGUAGCGAUUACUUCUGUGCCAUGUUCACUAGUGAGCUUUCAGAGAAGGGGAAACCUUAUGUCGAUAUCCAAGGUUUAACUGCCUCUACUAUGGAAAUUCUGUUAGACUUUGUGUACACAGAAACAGUACAUGUGACGGUAGAAAAUGUGCAAGAACUGCUCCCGGCAGCCUGUCUGCUUCAGCUGAAAGGUGUGAAGCAAGCCUGCUGUGAGUUCUUAGAAAGUCAGUUGGACCCUUCUAAUUGCCUGGGUAUCAGGGAUUUUGCUGAAACCCACAAUUGUGUUGACCUGAUGCAAGCAGCUGAGGUUUUUAGCCAGAAGCAUUUUCCUGAAGUGGUACAGCAUGAAGAGUUCAUUCUUCUAAGUCAAGGAGAGGUGGAAAAGCUAAUCAAGUGUGAUGAAAUUCAGGUAGAUUCUGAAGAACCGGUCUUUGAGGCUGUCAUCAACUGGGUGAAGCAUGCCAAGAAGGAGCGAGAAGAAUCCUUACCUGACCUGCUACAGUAUGUGCGGAUGCCCCUGCUGACGCCCAGGUAUAUCACAGAUGUGAUAGAUGCUGAGGUAAGUCAGGCAAGACACUCAGGAUCCAAAACUUUGACUAGCUCUUGUGCCAAUGAAGUGCUUCUAGUGGUUGGGGGCUUCGGAAGCCAGCAGUCUCCCAUCGACGUGGUAGAAAAAUAUGACCCCAAGACUCAGGAGUGGAGCUUUUUACCAAGCAUCACCCGUAAGAGACGUUAUGUGGCCUCAGUGUCCCUACAUGAUCGGAUCUAUGUAAUCGGUGGCUAUGAUGGCCGUUCCCGCCUCAGUUCAGUGGAAUGUCUGGACUACACAGCAGAUGAGGAUGGGGUCUGGUAUUCUGUGGCCCCUAUGAAUGUCCGACGAGGCCUUGCAGGAGCUACAACCCUGGGAGAUAUGAUCUAUGUCUCUGGAGGCUUUGAUGGAAGCAGGCGUCAUACCAGUAUGGAGCGAUAUGACCCAAAUAUUGACCAGUGGAGCAUGCUGGGAGAUAUGCAGACAGCCAGAGAAGGCGCUGGACUAGUAGUGGCCAGUGGAGUGAUCUACUGUCUAGGUGGAUAUGAUGGCUUGAAUAUCUUAAAUUCAGUUGAGAAAUAUGAUCCUCAUACAGGACACUGGACCAAUGUUACACCAAUGGCCACCAAGCGUUCUGGUGCAGGAGUAGCCCUGCUGAAUGACCAUAUUUAUGUGGUGGGGGGAUUUGAUGGUACAGCCCACCUUUCUUCUGUUGAAGCAUACAACAUUCGCACUGAUUCUUGGACAACUGUUACUAGUAUGACCACUCCACGAUGCUAUGUAGGGGCCACAGUGCUUCGGGGAAGACUCUAUGCAAUUGCAGGAUAUGAUGGUAAUUCCCUGCUGAGUAGUAUUGAGUGCUAUGACCCUAUCAUCGACAGCUGGGAAGUAGUGACAUCCAUGGGAACCCAGCGUUGUGAUGCUGGUGUGUGUGUUCUCCGAGAGAAGUGACCAUUGAUGGAACACCAUCCAGAGCUAGUGACCAGUGCAAGGGACAGUUUGUGGGAGAAUCAAGGAUCCUUUCCAGAAUGUUUGUUUCUCACUCUGUGCACAGGGUGAUUACAGGCACCAGUGCAGUGAUGAUUGUACUUAUUUGACAUACACUCCCCUUUGUGCUGGUGGUCCUUCCUGAGAAGGGUGGGUAACAAACAGAUACCCAAGGGAAGAGAACGCACAAUGAAUGGAUGUCAGAAACCAGAUCACCUCUCCCUCUGGUUUGGAGAGCACUUUCUUGUCGUUUGUAACUACCAUGUGCUUGGGAGACUAUAUAAAUGUUAUGCCUCAAAUAUUGCAGAGAACUAAGGUAAGUAUGGCCUGCUAGAUGUGGGCAGUAUCCAGGCUAGAUAAUUAGAAGGAUACCAACUUGAAUAAACUUGGUAAAAUCCAAGUCUUUCUUUUUCCCUAGGAAUAAAUAAUCUACAGGUAGGUAGGGGCAGUGCACUUGUGUUCUGGAAAAAAACAAAAGGAGAGCCCUAUCUAAACUUUGGGGGUUAGGGGGAGACAUUUAUGUGACACUACCUUGGGGGGGUGGGGGACAGGGUUAGUAUAUAAGAAUGAGGUUGGAGUAAGUGAAAGUAACUGAAUUUAAUGGAAUAUGAGUGUACCUAGAACACCACUGAAGUAUAACCUGCAAGACUGAGUGUUGUGCAUCUAGAGUCUCUUGGCACUGGAGACUGAGGAAAUAACAGUAAACAAAUGUUGGGAUGGGAGGACAUGGCAUAAAUGUGAGAGUUCAGUAUACCUGAUGUUGAAUUAGAAGUACCUGUGAUCUUACAAUUGUCUCAUUCCUUGCCAGGGCUCUUCUAGUCAUGGCAAUGUUUGCUUUGAAUCGGUGAAAGACUUAAUUUUGUUGAAUCAAAUACUACUACACUAUUACUGUUACACUUUCACAAUAUUUAUUUGGGGAUGGGUUGGGGAUGGCAGCAGCCUAGUUAAGAUCAGCUACCUGAUUAACACCUCGUUCUUUUAAGGGCACACUUCUGCUAAGGAGUGUUUUUGUUUUUGUUUUUGUUUUGAGACAGAGUCUUAUUUUGUUGCCCUGGUUUGGUUUGCAGUUUGGCCAGGGCCAGGCUCAAACCUGUUACCCUCAGUAUAUGGGGCUGGCGCCCUACUCACUGAGCCACAGGCGCCGCCCUGCUAAGGAGUGGUUUUUACUGCUGUGUUUGGUACUUUAGUCUUUCUCCUGCUAUAACUUUCCCUUAGCUGUCCUUAGAGUAGAUUUUAUUCAUCUCAGGACAGAAUAAUCAACAACAACCGAAAUUCUUUAGUUAGUCCCAGUACCUCUGCUAUCAACAUUUCUGAGCUACCAUUCGAGGAUCAUCUGUGUCAUGGAGUGAAAUUCUUGUUUUAUGGGUAUUGGGAGUAUGGGGAUGUGAUAACCUAAACAAGAAUGCACGUUUCCUUUGCUCUGAAAUUCCAUAUUUUCCUCUUUCCCUGAAUUGUAUUGACCUACAGAGUUAAUUUCCUUUGUAUUUUUUUAAGAAAAUAUUAAAAAUCAACUGUCUCAAAUG